ACCUUACCUUCCCACGAGUAUAUCAUCCCAUAUCACACCAGCUGUAACAACAUACAAUACAUCACUCCAAAUACAAUGUCUUUCUACGACCACCACCACUACUGCCAGCCAGGCUAUGGCCGCUUUUCCACCUACUCCCCUCUCGGCCACCAACCUUCACCCGUCAACAUGUUUGCCACCCCAACUCCUUCGUACCCUUCCUUUGCUACUCAGCCCGACUAUUACUCUCUCGAGGAGGAAGAGCGUGCUGCUUUAGUUCAUCUUCAGACCAUUCAACGUCGUCGUCAAGCUAUGGAAGAGGCACGAGCUCGUGAGGCAACUAUCCGCGCUCAUGCUCAAGCUCAGCGAGAGGCUGCCAUCAGAGCCGAGAUCGCCAAGCGUAUCGCCAGAGAACAAGCUCUGCACGCUCGUCGUGUCGAAGAAGAAAGGAAGAAAAGGGCUUAUCUUGAGCUUGUCGAGAGAAAGAAAGCGGAAGCAAGAGCUCUCAGGGAAGCUCAGUACCUUCAAGCUCAGAGAGAACGCGCCAUCAGGUGUCCCAAGAGAUGCUGCCGAACGGUUACUCCUCGUCAAUCCCCGGCCACACCAGACUUUGAUGAGGUCAAUGCUCUAUUUGGUGCUCUUCUCGGCAUCGCCGUUAAAGAAGACUGUGAUGGCGAGUCCGAAGUUAAGCCUUGUUGCAAGCCACAGCCAGCUGCCGUCGCUAGUCCCCAACCCAAGGCUGAGUCUAAACCCCAGCCCAAACCCGAAACCAAGCUAGAGUCCAAGCCAGAGGUUAAGUCUGAGCCUACUUCAGCAUCUACUACCAAAUCUGCCACAUCUUCCCCAUCCUCAUCUGAAGAGGCUUCACUCGACUUGAACAAGCUCCUCAAUCAAUUCCUUGGUCUUCAGAUUGAGCCUUUGUCCUCAGACGCCUCUACCUCUACGGCUUCCAAGUCAAAUAAGGUUCCCAAAGGCUUGAACGAGUUCCUUGCUCAAUUCGGUCUUGUCUUUGAGCCCGAAGAACAAAUUGCUGAGAGGAGCUGUGAGGGUACAUGUGCCGACAAGUGUCAAUGUAAUGCGACCGACAGCUGCGGGGGUUCAUGCAAGAAGAGUAAGGGCAAGCAAGUCGCUGAGGGCGAGAAGAAGCCAACUCCUGCUUUGACCACCAGCAAAGCUCCCACUACUGCCUCUACCGACGAUGCUGUCCCCGCUCCUGACCCGUCCACAUCGCUUUCUGCUUUGCAAGACAUCGAACGUCAGCUUGAUGCUCUUCAGUCCGGUUUCACUUUCCCCGAGCGUCUCUCUUUCGCCCACUCUGUGCCCGGUGCCCAUGCUCCUCCUUUGCUUUUCAACCGACUCAACUCCGCCUACCAUGCUCAGACCAAUGCUCUCUUGCAGUUACUCCUUCAAGCCGACUCUAUAGUUUCCAACGGUGAAAGUCAGGUCAGGCGAAAGAGAAAGGAGCUUGUCAAGAAGGUCGAGCACGAGAUCCAGAAACUCGAGAAGCAAAGAGAUGAAAAGUGGGAAGAAGUUAGGAAAAGGCGACUGGAUGGUGAGGAGAGUGAGCCCGAAGAUGAUGACAGGUCAUGGAGCGAAUCUUCUUCUGAAAGCGGCAAGGAUAUUCAAGACUGUGGAACGGUCGAUGAGAAUGGAGAAGUCAAAGAGGUUCCCUCAAAUCAGCCCGCCGCCGGCUCCACCGCACGCGUUGUAUCUGCUUUCGACGGGCCCACAGCGUCUACCGCCGCUGUAGUUCCCCAAUCUUCUGAAUCUUUCACUUCUGUCGAAGACGCCAUAACAACUCCAGCCAAUACUUCUGAAGAAGUCCCUUCCACCCCUGUCGGUGAGCAAGAACAAGAAGGAUCCUGCGACGUUCCUGCCGCUACCGUGCAGUCCCACCAGUCACCAGCGGAGUCCGAACCUGCCGCUAUUCAUGCGUCUACCCCUGUUUCUCCAGUUCACCACCCUGUAACUGUCGAAGAUGCCGAGGAUGAGGCUGAUAAGAAGGAAGAAGGUAAGAAGGAGAAGCAAGAAGCGAAGGAUGAAGGUUACGAAAUGAUCUAAUAUCAUUACAAGAAAGAAAAUGUUGGUACAAUAUUUUAAUGGAAGACUUUUUGUUCGUAUACAUAUAGCGUAGAAAACCAUGGAAAUAAUGUAGUGUAGUCAAUGUAUAGUCGUUAUGAACCACUGACACAGUUUUUUGAGUCACUCCAUUGGUGUCAAUCCACAGUCCUAAGGAGAUG